UCAGAGCUGACCGUUUGUCGCCCGCACAUUGGUUUCAAUUCGGAAUCUUGUGCGAAAAGCUCCUUCAGGAACGCAUUCUUUCCUGUCAUCAUUUCUCCUUCGGGGGUUAGGUGGCCAGAGGACUGAUUUCUUGAGGAGGCUUCCGAGGCUCCCAUGCUACGUGCGUGAUCAAGCAGCGUCGUCUUCAAUCCUGGCUCAAAGCCAUCACACUCAUUAUAUAAACCCCCGUGUUCUUCCGCCGCUCUUUAUUGUCCUUUGUUCUUUCGUUUGAUUUUCGACUUCGACGGUAAAAUGUUCAAACGCUCUUUUACCUCAAGGGAUCGCGCGGGCAAGGCUGUCAAGCCGACCAAGAAGAUCUAUCGCGAGCGUACGAAGGUCAAAUUGCAGGAAAAGCUGGACAGUCCGCCAGUUGGAAGCAAGAUAACGAGCCCCAUAAUCACCAUGAUUGUUGGUCAUGAACAGCGCCUUUUCGCUGCUCAUGAGGAUGUCCUGUCAAUCUCCCCUUUCUUUGUUGCUGCCUUGAAAGACAAAGUUCUGGAUGGUAGCGCGAAACAGGUGGACCUGCCUGACGAAGAGCCGGAGAUACUGUCCUGUAUUCUCGAGUACCUCUACAAGGGUGACUAUUACCCUCGUCUGCUACACAACAGGCGCCGUAACUCUUGGGCACUCGAGGAUGCCCAGGACCCCCAAAACAAAGGAGGCCGCGGAUCAUGCGAAUCGACAAUUUUUCACUCUGGUGUUUGCGACUAUCUCCUCCGAGAUACUGCUGUGUAUUGUGCUGCUGAGAAGUACGGCUUGGAGGAUCUGAAGCACCUUGCUCUUCGGAAACAGGGCCUUCAGACUGGAAUCCCUGUCGACGUGAUCCUUCGAUCAGCUCGGUAUGCGUAUGACCAUACGCCAGACAACGAAUCGCGGCUCCGCGCUCAUUUUCUAGCCCUGAUCAUCAGAAGUCGUAAGACUUUUAAGAGGAGUGGAACCAUGCAGAUGGAGAUGGAAAGUGGCGGCAAAUUGUUUUUCGAUCUUUUCGUAGCGAUGUGCAAUCACAUCGAUGACAUUGUCGAGAUCAGUAACAACCGAUCUCCCAAAGUCAUCUAAAGAUGAAAUUGCACUGAGUUUUUGCGGAACAGAUCGAACGCCUCGGAGUUAUCAAGUCGGAUCUCAGGGAGCAUCUAAACCAGAAUGUGUAGGAUUAAUGCCGAGAAAGGUUCCGAGGUUGUUUUUUCUUUCACUCAGAUGAAAAACUUCCUUUCUUUUCGAGGUUGGCCGCAAAUUUGGUUUAGAAGAAAAACCCCCUCUACUCUUUUUUUAAUAUGUCCCCCUAAUAACGUAUACCAGGAAUUUGCCUUCACAUCUUAACUAAUCCUCCGGAAGGAAAAACAUUUUACAGCCAAGUCUGCGGCGUCUUUCGCGACGAUUUCCUUUUGCCAUUUUGGUUUUAUUAAUGAUUUUCUUAUUACCCAUCUACUUCAUCUGUCUGCUUUGGGCAUCCGCUAUCAGCGCGCCUUUAUGAGGAGGUGUUUGUUUUGUACGAUACUUCCCGGCUGCGAUGAACCUCGCAUGAUCAGGUUUAUAUAAGAAUUUGAGAGAUUCGGCCACCUCACACUUUCCUUUUUAUUAUGUUUCUCUGAUAUCGUCGUAAACACUUGUAAAUCCUCGAGUCAUAUCUAUCUAAGAUACGUGUCUCUGACCUGGAAUAUUUUCCUUCUAUGAAGGAUUCCUUCACCUAGCAACCUUCUUGAUUCGCCUACUGCUGUUUCGGUCUCAUUGUUUUGCAAUUGAAACUGGCCCGCUCAAUUCAAUGUGUUAUCCAUUGAAUUUCCUCUUUAAUUAACCCCUCUCUACCGCAACAACACUUCGGAAGCACCCACGCACCGUUCUCUGAACUGCAAGCUUCACAUGUUACUAUUCUAGCAACUAAGAUUUUCUCUCCUUUUACCCAU